CAUGUAGCGCCGUGGUCGAGCCGCUCGAGAUGUGGACGACGACGAAAACGACCAAAUACGGUGUCGCUGUUUACAAUUGGCGAGGCGACACGCGGUAUGGUCUCCCCUUGGAAAUCGGAGAAACCGUGCAGAUCCUGGAGAAAUGCGCAGGCUGGUACAGGGGUUUUUCGACGAAGAAUCGCGCGGUCAAGGGAAUAUUCCCUAGCUCGUACAUCCACCUGAAACCAUGCAAGAUCGAGAACGAGGGUCUCUUCGAAUCGGUCAUACCUCUGGAGGACCCAGUGGUCAGGGAAGUCACCCUUGUGCUGCGAGAAUGGGACGGUAUUUGGAAGAGACUCUACGUGGACAGGGAGGGAUACAAGUUCUCCACGCUGCGCAAAGUGAUGAGAGAAUUGUUGGAUUGGCGGCGACAACUUUUGGCCGGGACGCUCACCACCGAUCAAACGCGAGAGCUCAAGCUGCGAAUUAUCAACAAAGUGGACUGGGGAAAUCGAAAACUGGGCUUGGAUCUGGUGCCCCGUCAGGGUGCCCAUAUGGUGGACCCGGAUACUAUGUCAGUCGUGGAACUUUAUCACGUGCACGUACAAAGCGCGGAAAACUCGCAAGGGGCCUCGGCUAGAGGAACGCUGAGGCGGAAAGAGCACAGAAAGGUCCUCACGCAUCACCUCUACUUCUGUAUGAGAGAUUUCGGCCACUCGAUAGGCGAAGACACCGAGAUCUACUUCUCUUUGUACGACGCGAAACGGAGCCAAUACCUCAGCGAACGUUUCCUGGUGAGGAUCUCGAAAGAGGGCUUCUCCAGUUUCAUCGAGAAGAUCCACAGCAACUGCACCAUCUUCACCGACCUCGGUAACUCGGACCUUAGCCGGGAUCUGUACAUGGUUGCACAUGUAAUGCGAUGCGGGAGAAUGCUGUACUCCGAUUCCGGCAAAAACAAAGCUGGGACCGCGACUUACAGGAGACCCCACGGUGUCGCGGUACUUUCCCUCGCCGAAGCUACGCAGGACCACACGGAAGAGCUAGAGAUGACGUUCAAGGUGUACCAAGGGGAGGAGAAGGAUUUUCACCAGCUGCACGAUCAAAUCAUUCGCAACAACAAGUGUUCCCCGCUUCCUGGUCAGCCGAAUUACGGAAUAGUGGUUUCUCUUCGUGUGCUGCACGGAGAAUUGACCCAGGUGCGGGAGGAAAAUCCUCUGCUCUUUAAGAAUAUCUGUCUGACGAAGAAGCUAGGUUUCUCCGACGUGAUUAUGCCCGGUGACGUGAGGAACGACUUGUACCUGAAACUGGAGCGUGGCGAGUUCGAGAGGGGUGGAAAAUCAACAGGGAAGAACAUCGAGGUGACGAUUUUGGUCUUGGACACGGAUGGACAGCCUCUGGAAGGGUGUCUGUUUGGUGCUGCCGGAAUGGAGGAAAGCUCUGAAUACCAAAGUUUAGUGAUAUAUCAUCACAACAGUCCGUCGUGGGCGGAGACGGUACGAUUGGCGAUACCAAUCGACAAAUUCUACGGGAGCCACGUUCGUUUCGAGUUCCGACACUGUUCCACACGCGAGAAGAACGACAAGAAACUAUUCUCUUUCGCCUUCGUCCGUCUAAUGGAACCCGGAGGAGCCACUCUUCAGGAUGGUCCUCAUGAACUGUACAUUUACAAGUGCGAGGAUCGGUCCAAGUUGGACUCGUUAAGUUACCUCUCGUUGCCCAGUAGUGCUCGAGAACCAAAUGCAACAGGCUCUCCAGCGUUCUCCAGGUCUCCGAAAGAAGCAGUAUUCGUGCACACGUUACUUUGCAGCACAAAAUUGACGCAAAAUGUUGAUCUGCUGAGCCUACUCCAAUGGAAAGCUCACCCAGAACGAAUCUCAGAGGCUCUAGGUCGCGUAUUGCGACUGAACGGCGAGGAAUUGGUCAAGUUCCUGCAGGACAUCCUAGAUGCGCUGUUCUCCAUGUUCCAUACGGAAGACGGUAACUCUACAGCCCAUUCUGGCUUAGUUUUUCAAGUUCUCGUCUCCAUCUUCAGCCUCCUCGAAGAUUCCAAGUUCGAACACUUCAAACCAGUGAUGGACGCCUAUAUUUCCGGUCAUUUUGCCGCUGCAUUGGUGUACAAAGGUCUCCUGAGCAGCGUGCAACAUUGCGCAGACUGGGUGACAGCUGCGGAGAAGCAAGAACCUAUAAUAAAGUGUUUCGGUUCCUUGGAGUACAUCUUCAAGUUCAUCAUUCAGAGCCGUCUAUUGUUCGCCAGGGCAACGGCCGGUCAAUACGAGGACAGCUUCAAGCGAGACCUCUACUGCGUGUUCGCCGCGCUGAACAAGAUGCUGGGCAUUCCGUAUGAGAUGGUGCUUCACUCUCAGAUAGCUUUGCUCUACUCGAUUUCAGCUGUGUUCGAACAACUUAUCGCUGUGCUACCUAUACUCGAGGUGGCUAAGCUCACCUGUACGAUGCUCGACGCGGUUCCACGGGAACCGCCACUGCAGCUUACACAGGCGAAACUCACAGCUAUUAAGAAUUUAACCACGUCUGCGUUGUUCCGCGACGACGACGAGAGCAGAAAUCUACUCUUGGUUACAAUGUGUAGACACCUGAGGAUUCAUUUAAUCAGACGCGAGGAAUUGCGCUCUUGUACCGAGAUUCUUGGAGAGAUCCUCAGUUUUCUGCACAAGAGAGGAAGAGACACGAAUAAAGUGAACAACUGCAUUCAUCACGACGUUGAAACGUUGUGUCUCUCUAUACUAGAUGUACUGAUACAGACCAUUCUGAUAGUCAUAAACACGAAUGGACCAGUUUUGGGCUGUUUGGUAGCGUGUUUGAUAGGACUGCUUCAACUUCUCGACGAGUAUCAUUACGCUACGCUCUGGGAGGAGUUAGCUCACGCUGGUGAACGAAAACCACUGAAGGAUUUUCUUCUGAGAGUCUUCUUGGUGCUUCGUGAUCUUGUCAGACAAGAAGUAUUUCCACCAGAUUGGCUGGUGAUUCGAAUGCAGGCGAACAACGUUAUUCUCAAGUCUCUACAAGAAUUAGCACAGCCUCUGGCUUUUCGUUUUCUGGACGGUAGCUUUGAUUCACAGCUCUGGUCGACGUACUUUAAUCUAGCGGUAGCGUACCUUACACAGCCAUCUCUGCAGCUCGAACAAUUCUCAGAAGUGAAGCGCGAGAAGAUCUUGGAAAAGUACGGGGAUAUGAGAGUAUUGAUGGGCUUUCAAAUUCUCUCGAUGUGGUCUCGUUUAGGCGAUCGUAAGUUGGAGUUUAUCCCUGGAAUGGUCGGUCCUUUCCUCGAGGUCACUUUGGUUCCUGAAAGUGAACUGAGAAAGGCCACCUUGCACAUCUUCUUCGACAUGAUGGAGUGCGAGCAGCGAGCUAGAGGUAGCUUCAGGUCCGUGGAAUCGGAAUUGAUCGAUAAAUUGGAUAUCUUGAUCAGCGAGAACAAAGGUGACGACGAGUACAGGCAGUUGUUCAACACGAUGGAGCAUCUUAGCGCUGUAUUAUUGGACAGAGUUCAGUCAGAAGAUCCGGCGUGGAAGGACAGCGGAACCGCUUUCAUCACGUCAAUUACACGUUUGCUGGAAAGACUGUUAGAUUACAGGAGCGUAAUACAAGGGGACGAGAAUCGCGACAAGCGUAUGUCGUGCACUGUUAAUUUAUUGAACUUCUACAAGAACGAAUUCAAUCGAAAGGAGAUGUACCUGCGCUAUAUCUACAAAUUACACGAUUUACAUUUGGCGGCUGAAAACUACACAGAAGCUGGUUUCACGAUGAAACUCUAUGCUGAUCAGCUUGGUUGGGGCUCGACGAUCUUACCUUCCGAUCAUUCGCACCCUCAACAGCCAGAAUGGCAGAGAAAAGAGCUGCUUUAUCAUAAGAUCAUUUAUUACUUGGAUCGAGGAAAAUGUUGGGAGAAGGGCAUUCCUCUGUGCAAGGAAUUAGCAGUAUUGUACGAGACUAGAUUAUACGAUUACGCGAAAUUGAGUCACGUGCUGAAAUUGCAAGCGAAAUUCCUGGACAAUAUAUUGACGCAGCUUAGACCGGAACCGGAAUACUUUAGAGUAGGCUUCUAUGGUCUUAGUUUUCCUCUCUUCGUUAGGAAUAAGCUAUUCAUCUAUCGCGGUCUAGAGUACGAGAGAAUAGGGGCAUUCACGCAACGACUACAGACUGAAUUUCCAAGCGCACAAAUAUUAAUGAAGAAUUCUCCGCCCGACGAGAGUAUUCUUACCUCCGAGGGACAAUAUAUACAAAUCUGCAACGUGAAACCAAUACCUGAAGAGAGUAGUUUAGCCUGUCGAGGAGUGGAAGUCCCAGAGAGAGUGGUUGCUUUCUACUUAGUGAACGACGUAAGGAAGUUCAUCUUCGAUCGACCGCUACACAGAGGUCCUGUCGAUCGCGAGAACGAGUUCAAAUCUCUGUGGAUCGAGAGAACCACCUUAACCACCGAGGCUAAGCUACCAGGUAUACUCAGGUGGUUCGAGGUGAUCGAGAAGAGAUCCGAGCUACUGGCGCCUGUACAAUACGCCUGCGAGACUAUGCAGAGUGUGGAGAGAGAAUUGAGGAGACUUGUCGCACAAUUCACUGCCGAACCUCAACGAAAUAUAAAUCCUUUUAGCAUGAGACUUCAGGGCAUCAUCGACGCGAACGUGAUGGGCGGCAUCACUAGAUAUCAAGAAGCUUUUCUUACUCCCGAAUUCGCUAGGCAAAAUCCAGAAAUGGUACCUCACGUGAACAGGUUGAAAGGUUUGAUACUGGAUCAGAUGAGCGUGUUGGAGGCUGGACUGAAUGUCCAUGGGCAAAUCGCUCCCGCUGGUGUGCAACCGUUGCACAAAAGAUUGAUAGAGAGAUUUAUACAGUUGAAAGAAAGUCUUGGACCAUUGGCGAGGCAACGAACGAUCCAUCAAGACAGUAUCGUCAAUUCACCGCUACCUCCGUUACCCAUUAACGAGAAGCAACGGCCAGCCACGCUGGAAACUGCAGGCUCGAGAAUCUCUCAUGCAGACAGCGACGGUUUACCCGAAGACGAAGGUUUUUACACAAAAGUGGACGGAGGUCCGCCACCUAUUCCACAACGAGAGGUGCGACCUCGUUCAGUGGGCUACGGGACUACCCCGCCUAGACCAACGCAUCAGAGAUCGCUGAGCAAACCGUUGAGCCCAAAGUUACCAUUGAGACAUUCUUUACCGACGCCAACGGAUGGUGUAGACCAGACUGGACUGAGAACUUCCUGGAGCGAGCCUGGUCCCGAACCAGCGCCGCCGUUACCACCAAGGGGUUGCACGCCAGACAAGAGAGAUUCGAACACGAAUAACGUCGUACCACCCGCGCCACCAAAGCGUUUAGCGUGCAAACGUAAUACAGAGUGGAGUACCGAUGAUGAUUCGGAAAUGCAAAACGAACCGAACGAUCUUCGCGACAGUGGUAUAUAUACCGCCAGUUUAUCAGACUUUCAGUCACACAUGAGUAACUUAAACAACCUCGGCUACGAGGAUUUCGAACCACGGACAAGGUGCAACGAUAUCAUGAACAUUUCACCGCCGUCUGUGAUAAACGCGCUGAAUGUUUCUACGGGGAAUUUCGCGAGUGGUACAUUUCAAAGUUCACACUCUCUGCCAGGUCAAGAGGUGAGUCCACCACCGAUACCUCCAAAGGCGCAUCAAGACACACCGUCGGCCCCGUCGACGUUGGAAAGAGUCUCGAAUCGUUCACAGUCCCACGGUCACUCGGAGAAUUACUCGGUACCGAAGCUUCAAACAUUGUCAAUGGCAUCUGACACAGAAAGCACUGUGUAGCAACGAUCAAUCUCCUAGUCCUAGCAGUUAAUUG